GCUAUAUGGCGGCCAAUCCAUUACUUCAAUUCAUUAUAGAUUGUAUUAUUAAAGCCAUUCUAUAGGAACGCGCACCUGCACUUCUGGCGCCGUACUGUAGUAAGCCAGAGGUUGGGUAUAGUGUGUAUAUUUACAUUAUUAUAUAAGUUAUUUGUAUAAUUCCAUAACGAUGAAGACUGCCACUGCCACGUCUCUUCCAUAACUUAUGGCAUAUAAAAUUUGUUGCGGGGGUACUUGCCGCAACGGACAGGGAAGGAGGAAGUAGCGUUGUUCUCCCGGCGGUACGACUUCUUGUCUGUUCUUUCCGCGUCCAUGAUUCGCUUCUUAGCGCUACUUACAGGGAUGCUUGGCUGAAUGAGUGUUGUGAUCAAGGCAUCUUUUUCUGAAUGGUUGAGCUUCGUUCGAGCCUUUGAACCCCAUUCUCCACGAUAUCCCCCCACAGAACCUCAAUAAAUUGUUGCCAUUAUACAUUCCACCUUAUUGCUUUCCCCCGAGAGACCCUCGCACCCGUACUACAUCGUAUGAAUCAGCGCCUUUAGGCAGGUUGGAGCCUAGUUGCGGCCAGCACAUGAUCCAUUCGCCUCUUAGGCUUCGCCUUCCCUGAGGCCUCGAGGCCCGCGCCCGGCACGCACACGACGGGGUAAUUGAACGGGUCAGGGCUGCAACGAUGCCGGGCCCCAGGCGAAAGAAGCCGCUUAUAGGCAGGAGGCGAGUAGAGGACGAGGAGGGCGACGAAGCCGGUCACGAUCUGGAGGACUCGCAGAGCGAAGGGUCGAUCUCCGACGACGAAGAUGCUGGCAAUGCGAGCGACGGCAGCAACGCAGCAUCUCCGGUGGCACCGAAGGCUACGGCGAAUGGCUGCUCGAAAGACAGAACUCCGGCGGCAUCAAACUCGAAGUCAACGGAGACGUCUAAAUCGCCACCGAAGAUAAAUGUAACAACUGAUACGGACAUGAUGCUGAAUGGGCUUGAGAGGUCGAAAGACUUCGAUAAUAUCGAGUCGACUAGCUACGAUGAACUUUCGAACGCACAGAAACCUACUCUGUCACAGCCGGUUAUCGUCAAGUCGACUGCGAUUAUGGACCAACCUGUUGAAACACCAGUGGAGCGAAGGAGGCGUGAGCAUGAAGAUUACAAAAAGAAGCGCGAUGAAGAUCCGGCUUUUGUACCCAACCGUGGCGCAUUCUUCAUGCAUGAUCACAGGCAUUCUGGACCUGCUGCGAAUGGGUUCAGACCAUUCGGGCGUGGCCGCGGAGGACGAAGAGGCGGCAGAGGUGGCUUUGGAGGUUCAUUUGCACCAGCCAAUUAUAUGCAGCAGAUGGACGAACCUGCCGACGCUCCGUGGACCCACGACAUGCACGAAGCGGUCGUGAAAGACAACCGGCCUCCACGCAACCCAUCCCAAGCAUACAACAAUAUGAGCGCCUCGAGACAAUCAUUCCCGCAAGCCCCGCGCGGCCCGGCACCGAAUCGUUCGUUGUCGACGACAAAGCUUAUUGGAAAUGUGCAAGUACGCGUGUUAUUACCAGGCAUGGAGAAGCCGUUAUCAUUACCUGCGAUUGCUUUACAUCAGUACACUCGUCUUCCAGACCACCGACCACCUCUUCGCCGCGAUAAGCCGGUUCGGAUUUCGUUGCCGGAUACUCCUCCGAGAUAUAUAUUCCCCGCCGUUGAGCGGUCGUUUAUCUUUAUCCCACGAGCGAUGCGACCAAACCAGCAAGGCUUCGGGUCAAGGAGCAAUAGGGGUCGCCAAGGAUUAGGAUCGGUGGGAGGUUUCUCAAGACGAACAAGUGCAUAUGGUGGAAGUGUAUAUGGCAGCGAAUACACACCAAGCGUCGCCAUGAGCCGUCGCUCAUCCGUGGCCCAUGAGAUUCCACGGGAUGGCAUCAUAUCCCCUAUGGGCUCGACAAUGUCAAGGCCUCCUGUACCACUCGACUCGACCCGACCUGUUGUCAGGCUACCACCAUCUAUAGCCCAGGCGCAGGCACCGAUUGCCACUGAGAUGCAGCCGGUCCAAGGCGCAGUGCUCCCGGCUGUAUCACAACCCUACCCGCUCCCACAAAAGCCUACCUUCCGCGAAAACCGACCCAACUCUGUACCCAUGCAACACCCUCGACCUCAAAAGGCUGUCUCUGUCGACAACAUCGAGUCACCGGCAGCUAUGCAAAUCAACCCCCCGCAACAAUACCAACAACUAUUCCAACACCAGGUGCCGACACAGGCCAACGGCCAUGCCUAUGGGCAGGAGGCACAGGUACAUCCUCAUUCACGCAAUGCCUCAUACCAGGGAUCCACCGGGACGCCUCUAUCCCAGAUCCCUGAAAGGGCCAUCCACGCCCAGCCCUUCCAACCAAACAUCUAUCAGCAGCAGCAGGGCUUCUACCCCCCGCAAUACCAGGUAAUGCCCCAGCAACAAGGCUAUUACUACCCCCAACAAUACAAUACCGGCAUAAGUGCCCAAGCACCAAAUUUCGCCCCCUCAGCAGCCCAGCAGCAAGCCUACGGACAAGUGGCCCCGACAGACGCGUCGCAGCAGGGCCAGCAACCUAACCUUGUGGCGCAGGAAGUCAACGGAAUGGUGUACUACUACGACGCUGCGCAGAUCCCGGCAGCAGCGGCAGCGUUCCCGUCUUAUGCAUCGCCGCCUGCGUACCCUGUACAGCAUAUGGGGAAUGUGUCGCUACAACAUAGGAUGAUGACGCCGAGCCCGGAUGCGUUCUAUUACCCGCAGCCGCAACAGGCUGUGGUGUACUACCCGCAAUGAUUACUCUACCACACCGAGUAAUGGCGCCUGCUUCGAUGUUCGAUGUCUCUCUGUUUGGAACGACCUGACCGGUUUCGUUUGCAUUGGGAUUUUGCCGGUGUAGUUUUGUUUGAAAGCGCCUGCUACUGCUUUUGUUUACGAGCCCCUACCCUCCCGCCACCAUCCAUCGUCUCUCCACCACCACCACCCGUGGAUGUUAGAAAGGAUUGUUUCCUGUUCUUCGUUUUGGGGGUCACAUUACGGCUGUUACGGAUUACGAUCGAUCGCUCAAAGUCAUGCAUUUUAUUGUAGCACUUCAAUCAUCUUUUAUUUUUUCUGGCUUGAACGGGGGUGGGAGUGUGGGAAAGGGGGGAUGGAAUCGAAGCGUCGUUUUUAUCUGCUUGAAGUCUUUGGGAAAGAGGCAUUGCUUAUACUUUUCCCUUUUUGCUGUCCCAGGAUUAAGCGAUGGCACUUGGUAGAAAUGCUUCGCAGAUUCCUUUUGUAUGAUUUUGUGUUUCUACGAGUGGUUCUGUUUUUUUUUUCUUUCUUUUUUCAUCAAUCAUUUUUUGUCUUGGGGGGUUGGGUUGUUGCGUUGCGGGCUAUGGGAUACAAAGGGGGCUUUGUGGAGGAUGAGGUCUGGGCUUUAUGGCGUAUUGCAGCGAUGUUGGUUGUGGGUGACAAGAUGGAUGGGAUGGGAUGGGAUGGAUAUGUUGUUUUUGGCGGAGU